AUGUCGCGCAGUACCUCCUUCUAUGAGCCUCGGCGUGCCUCCACCUCCAAUGAUGCUACACAACGCCGCCGCUCCGAUCCCGUUCUGCACCAGGACACGUCCCUCUCCACGUCCCGCACAGGCGCCAGCUCCAACGAUGUGACCUUGACCCGUACUAUCCGAUCCGACAACAAGGACCCAUACGAUGAGCUCCGUCCAAGCUACUACGACAUUCGGCGUCGUAGCCAGGACGAGCUGUACAAACCGCGCCGAUCAUCCCGUGGUGGGGAUCAGGAUCUGGCCAACGAGCGCCGAUCUACCGUCGUACCCAACGACCAGCGUCGCAAGUCCUCUCGUGGCAGCAUGUUUAGCUACAUUGGGGGACCCGAGCAGCGCGGCUCUGUGCGCGUCAUCUACGACGAUUCGGAUCACCCUCAUCUCGAGGACUAUUUUUCAGGCCAGCGCAAUCGUGUCACGUACGAUCGCCUCCGUGCCUAUCGUGUGGAUCUGGCACUCUGGCUCAACUCCAUCUUCAACACGCAGUUGACCGAAGCCAACUUGCUGCAAGAGCUUGAAACGGGUGUGCUACUGUGCCGACUUGCCAUGAAGCUGCAAGCUGACUCUGGCAGCCUCACCCGUGGCUUUGCCUCCGGUCAUUCACGUCGUGUCUCCAAUGACCCGGUCAAAAUUCGCUGCAACAUGUCGGCCACUUCUGGCUCUUUCUUCGCGCGCGACAAUGUGGCCUGCUUCAUCACUUGGUGCCAAUCCAUUGGCGUGGAUGACGCUGUCAUUUUUGAGCCUGAAGACCUCGUGCAGCACAAAAACGACAAGAAUGUGCUCUACUGCCUGAUGGAAAUUGCUCGCAUUCAAACGGCAGUCGAGCCACCGACCCUUAUCGCUUUGGAGCGCACCGAGGGCAAGCCCCAGGAUGAAGAUGAGCUAGCACGCCUCUUGCGCGCCGUGGAAGAAGAAUGCAAGGCCUCGGGUCACUCCCCGUCCCGUGUGCGCCAUGUCGGCAAUGGCCGUUUCACGGUUGAUGGCUAUGGACCAACCACCAUGGGCCUCUUGCACGACGCCGUUGUGGUGCGCGUUGGCCGCGAGUGGGAUAGCCUACCUCACGUACUUGAUAAUCCUUCCCUUGUGGUCAAGACAGUCUCGGCUCCGGGAGGAAGUUCUCCGGAUUUGCGUACGGACCGUCGAGAGCGCUCCGUGCAAUCUACAGAGCUGGGCACGAUCAAUGAAGACGCAACAAUCCGAAACCUGCGCCGUCGUAUUGCCGAGCUUGAAAAAAUGCUGGCUGACCGAACGGCCGAGUUGGAUGCCGCUCGCGCUAGCGCAACGCGCAACAAUCUGGAUUAUGGCGAGGCUAGCAAUUCUGUUGAACGUUUGGAGAAGGAGCUGAACCGUGUGCGUGGGGUCCUUGAAGAUACGUCGACCGAAAACAACGAGCUUCGCGAAGAACUUGACCGUCUCAAAAUGAUGCUGGCGCGCCUCGAGCGUGAGCAACAAGUGAAGCAGGGCGGCAUCACACGCGCUGAGCACGAGCGGCUCCUCAUGGAGCAGCGCCAGGACUUGGAAGAGGAGCAGCGUCGGGCAUUGAAAGACGCACGCUCUCAACACGGCGCUGAAAUCAAACAAAUGUCAAACCGUCUCAAAACUCUGGAAAUGUCCGAGGCUACCCUUGCUCGCGACAAGGACGAUGCACAACAUGAUCUAGAAGCAGCCAACGAUGAGCUCCGCACUUGCCAGGCUCGCCUGCAGGCGGCUGAGGCCCUGCUUCAAACUCGCGAGGCUGAGCUGGAGGACGAACGACAAGCCGUCGCGGACCUGCGAGAACAUGCCAAAGACGCCGAGGAGCUAGAGUUGUUGCGCCGUCGUCUCCGCAAUGCAGAGCAACGACUGGGCGAUCAAGACAAGGAAAUCAGCCGACUUGAGCCCUUUGAAGAGCGAAGCCAAGAGUUGGAGGCUGAGCACAAGAAGAUGCAAGCAACCAUGGAUGGUCUCAUCCGCGACAAGUCAAAGUUGCGCAGCGAGCUGGAUGAGCUGCGCGCCAAGCUGGCCGCCUUGGAAAGCGAAAAUGCCAAGAAUGCAUCCGAGACGCAAAAGGCCAACGAGCUCGAAGCUCAGCUGGCAGAGCUUACCAAACAGUUGCAGAGCGCGGAGGCGGAUUGCGAAGCCUCAGCAGCUGCCGAGCGCGAAGCCAACGAGAAGCUGGCCCGCCUCCAGGCUGAGCAAGAGGCUUCAGCAGAUCGUGAGAAAUCGGCAAACUCCGACCUCGCCAAGCAGUUGGCCGAGUUGCAGGCGCUGCUUGCGACCCGCGACAACGAGCUGGCUGAAGAGCGCAAGCAGCGAGAUGGUUUGGAGCAAGAGUUGGCCGCACUCAAGAAAGACAUGGACUCAAAGUUGGCUGAAGACUCGGAAGAAUCGGCGCGUCUGCGCAAGGAGCGGGAUGAAGAGCGUGCCAAGGCUGAGGAACUGCAAUCUGAACUUGACCAAUUGCGUCAGCAAAACGAGGACAACAAGCAAAAGUGCAAGGAAGAAAAGGAUGCGUUGCGCCAAGAACGCGACAAGGCUUUGCAGGAGCGAGAUGAUCUGGCCGAGCGUCUUUCCGCGCUUGAGACGGAGUGCGCCCAACUCAAGGAGCAGUUGGCUGACAAGGACGCCGAAAUUGAGCGCUUAAAGGCACGCAUUUCUGAGCUGGAGGAUAUUCUGUCUCAGCGGGAGGGCGAGCUGACGGCCGCCACGGCUCUGAACGAGGAGCUGCAAUUCCGCCUGGAUGAGCUCACUGGCAAUUUGGCUGAUAAGGAGCGUGAGGCUGAGGACCUUGCUCGUCAGCGCGCCGAGGCUGAAGCAGCUCGCCAGCAGGCCGAGGAAGAGGCUCGCAAACGCGCCGAAGAAGCGGCUGCUCAGCAAGAGCAGGCCAAGUUGGCAGCGGAUCGAGCUCGGGAAUUGGCGGAGAAGGAGGCCGCUCGAUUGGCGGCAGAAGAGGAAGCAGCGCGUUUGGCCGCCGAAGCCGCGGCAGCGCGCUUAGCUGCCGAGGAGGAGGAACGCAAGCGCCGUGAAGCAGCAGAAGAGGAAGAGCGCUUGCGUCGUGAGGCCGAAGAAGAAGCGGAGCGCAAGCGUCUCGAGGCCGAAGAGGAGGAGGCUCGCCUGCAAGCUGAGGCUGAAGAGCGUUCGCACCAGGCGGCUUUGGAAGCCCUGCGUACGGACGAAGUGAAGAUGAACAUGCAUCGCCAGAUGACGCAUUACCGCGAGGAUAUCUGCGACUGGGUCAAUGAGAUGCUAGGCACGAACCUGCAACAAAACACGUUUCUAUUGAAGAUGCAGAACGGCGUCCUGUUGGCCGAAUUGGCCAACGCCAUUGAUGGUGACGAGGCGCAACUACGCGCAGAAGAGGCAGCCCAAGCUGCCGAGACUGCUGCAACAUCCAAAGAUACAGGUGCCAAGGGGAACACGGCCAGGGGUUCCUCCAUCAAGCCCCCAACGAGCAGGGCUUCAUCUGGUAGCCUGCGGGCACCGCCUGCGGCACGCCGACCCUCGGGCCCACCCAAGAGCAAGUCACGCUCGACCAUCACAGCCCCCAACGGUGCUGCUGCCGUGCCUCGACCUGAGGCGCCAGCUCUGCAGGGCAUUCGCACGCGUCUGCCAUCGGCGCACGAUCCCGUCCGUAUCAACCGUCGUCGCCUCGAGCUGUUCAAGUUUGACACUCCUGCCAACGAAGAGGGUUUGGCCGAGUUUAUUCGCACGCGCCCCUUGCAGUACUGCCGUUACGAGCCGAUCGCGCGUUCGGGCACGGACAAAGCCCACAGUAACAUCAACAACUUUAUUGAGUGGGCCCGUUCCUUGGGAUUGGAGAACCCAGACGUGUUUGAGUUGGAAGAUCUGACCGAGCUGCGUGAUGAGCGCCGAUUCAUUUGGAGCCUGUACGACGUUGCGCGACGCACACGAGGCAUUCGCGUGCCUCGCCUUGUGUGGAUCGAACGGAUCCGCUUUCUCAAGCGCCAGCGACCAAUCAAGGGGGAUAAGCUGGAUGCCGCGGUCUACAAGGUGGUCAAUGCUUGCAUCAAUCAGCCGCCAUACAAGGCGAGCUGUGCGGUACGCCAGGUGCAUCGUGUGGCAGAGGGCAAGUAUGUAUUUGGUGACGAAGCAAGCAAGCCCGUGCUUUUGCGCAUCACGGAGAAGAACGUGAUGGUUCGAGUUGGUGGCGGCUGGGAAACGUUGAAGCGUUUCCUCGAGACGCGAUUCGAAACUGAUCCAAAGUUGAAGACGGACAAGGCCCGCACCGAAGAGCUGUGGGCGGAGCAUUUAGCGGCGGCCGAGAAGGGAGAGCCCAUCGAGUACCAGGCGAGUGAUCUUUCGAGCAUCAACCUUUUCACGACUCGUCCCGAUUACCGCAGCUUCCAGCCCGACUUUACUCCGGGCAAUGAGGCAGAGGACACAAGCGCAGGCGAGCCAACGGCUAUUCUCUCCUUUCUCUCUCUCUCUCUUUCUCUCUCUCUGUGUGUCUCUGUCUUGCUCGGCAUUUGCUGUCAAGCGCCGGCUCGCCAGCACGCUGCCCUUCAGCGAGUUCUUGGAAGAGAAGCGAAGCUGGCGGGCAAACGGACUUUGAAAUCUGCGGACUCUAUUCGUGAAAGCGCGCUCCUCCUCCCGGCGCUGCCACCAAACGCCUUUCCCACCGUUGGUGGCAUGCAUGCACCCGGCGCCACCGCCAACCGCGACAUGCCCACGGUCGUCACCCCGGCCCACUACCCGGGCCUGGCCACAUGGACCGUUGCGACCGGCGUGGCCCGUCCGCACUCGGGUAUCAGUAAGCUCAAGAUCCCCACGGGACCCUUCGGCAACGACUACAUCGACCUGCACCUUGUGGAACCCUUUGGGGCCCAACUGGAAGAGCUGCCCCUGGACACGCUGGUCUUCCGCGAGCCCGGCCAAAGCCUGGUGUUCUAUCUGCCACUGUACUUUGAGCAACAGCUGCAGCCCAACCUGGCGCAGCGCAUUGAUACUCGCUUUCGCGUCUGCAAAGACUCGCGCGACCUGGUCAAAAAGUUUCUCGUUGCCCUUUCCCAAUGGUCCGACAUUGCGCCCGAGGGCCCAGCUGCCAUGUUCUUGUCCCAAUGCCUUUCCCACCCCAUCCUUUCACGCCUGCGCGAGCCCGAUGAGGCUUCUCGAAUUAUCAGCCCAAUCAUUGGCUGUGGUACCAACCGCCGCGUCAAGUCGAGCCUGGCUGAUUCACCACAGUUUGCCGUAAAAAUGAACCGCAUCAACCUGGCGCUCAACAAGGUGGGCCUACAUGCCGAGUAUCGCCCUGGCAACGAAAAAGACAAGGGUCUGCGCGUUCGCCGCGUUCCGCCUGUAGCCCCGGGCACCAGCAUGUCCCCAAGUGCACCUCUCGGUCACGUACCAGCGCAUGUAACAGCACCGAAUCUGGCCAACUCACCCAUGCAGCAAAGCAUGUCGCCCAACGCCAGCGCGCCCGGAAGCGCACGCCACCGUGGCACAUCCAAACCCGUGUCGCUUCGCGCCGUUGAUCCCCGCGUUGCUCUUGUCACACCCAGCACUGGUGGUUUACACGCCGCUGCAGAUGUCUCGGGCAUGGAUCGCUCCCGCGCGCCUGCCCACGGCGAACCAGCCCCGCUGCCGCUGAACGAAGAUCAUGCGCAGCCGGCCGAUGGUGAAUCAGGCCCAGAUGUGGACAGGGACCCAAACGAUGAACAUGGUUCCAGUUUGGAACCACAAGCGCCGACCCAAGUCAUGCUGCAACAGGGUGACAGCUUGGAUGAGAAUGCUGCUAACAGCAGCGUUCCCUCACAGGCACCCCUGCAGUCACAACCUGCACAUGGUGCUGUUGGGCCAGCCGCGCAUGUGGAUGCGCCAGGAGGCACGGGGUCUGAUGCGCCUGCUCCAUCGACCUCCCUGUCUCAUGCUGUGCCGCCACUGGCUCAGCCCAAUGCCACGGCCAUGGGCAUCCCUCUGCCCAGUUCCUCCACCGUGAUGGCGACCUCGUACAUGAAUCCACCGGCUUAUGGAGCGACCAUGCAGGAACACCCCACGCUCUACACAAACACCCCAUUACCACCACGCUCCCGCAACCUGCCACGCCAAUCCAGCUCGUCUCGUCGCCGCAGCAGUCAGCCCCAACCACAAGCCCUCGCGUCCCUUGACACCAGUGGUGCACCCGUCAUGGCCUCACAAUAUCUCAACACCAACGCUCCCAUGCCCUACCCGCCCGCACCAUACGUCAUGGGGCCAGGCAAUGCUAGCUUGCCGCCCAUGCAAAUGGCACUGUCCCACGAGAUGAUGUCGCCCAUGGCUAUGGUCUUGGGUCGGCGACGGCCCACAAGUGCAGAGGAAGCCAUCUUAAGCAACCCCAUCAAGCUGCUUGAGAAACUGCUCCAGCUCGUCGACCCUCACAAGGACAAAAUUCCGGUUAUCUGCAACCUGGUGGCCUACUCCAUGCAAGACCUGCAGCAAGGCGCCAGCUUUGAAUCACGGCUUCGCUGCUUGCAGCUGCUUCUACGUCAGACGGACGUUCUCAUGACCAUGCCCAUCUGGCAGAUGCUGGGAGACGAAGAAUACGUUUCGGCCGUUCUCUCCACGCUGGACUCGCUGCGAAGCGCGCUGAUUACGACCGACAAUGAACUUUCAGUCGUAGCGUCGCAAAUAGUCCAUGCAGAGGUUCCAGAGCAUGUGGCAGCCGAUGACAAUACAGAUGACAAUGGCGAACCGAGUGCCAAGCGCCCACGCCCCCAGGAUUUGGAAAAGGAAUUGAUGCACGCUCAACCACCGCCAAUCACCCUGCAGGGUCUGAGCCGGCUUUUGACGGAUGUGCUUCCUCGUCGUCUUCCCGCCCCCGCUGAAGUUCCCAACUCCCUCCUUGAGCAACUGCAAUCGACAAUUACAACGGCGGCUGAUCCGACCGCCAUGGUGGCAAGCCUUUGCUUUGCUAUGGGUUCCAUGUUUGCGCACAUGCACGAGGAUUCGGGCGCGGGUUCGGACACGGAUGCCAUGGUCAACAUGGCACCCAUUCAUCACCCGCCUGCCGACAUUGUGCCCGAAUCGUAGACAAAAAAAUGUUGCUGUGAGUCAAUGAGUGUGUGCAUGAAUAUGUCCCCCCUUUGCUGAGUUGAGAAGUUUUUGUUCAUGAUAUUCUGUAUGUGGCACAAUCACUUGUGUGUUGCUUGUAUUAAAUGGCAUGUCAAGCUUUGAAGGCGGCGCCUUCCUUGUAGCGGUGACUGCUGGCUGUUGUCUGUUCUUGUUGCUCUCUCUCUCUCUCUCUCUCUCUCUCUCUCUCUCUCUCUCUCUCUCUCUCUCUCUCUCGCUCUCUCUCUCUCUCUUUUCUCUUCUCUUCUCUUCUCUUCUCUUCUCUUCUCUUCUCUUCUCUUCUCUUCUCUUCUCUUCUCUUCUCUUCUCUUCUCUUCUCUUCUCUUCUCUUCUCUUCUCUCUGCCUUUCCCCUUUGAUGUGUGUCACCGGAUGAAUUAGAUUUAAACAUUCAA